AUGCGCUUCACCUCCAUCCUCGUCGCCGCCCUCCCCAUCCUUGGCGCCGUCUUUGCUGCCCCCUUCAAUACCGAGGCCAAGAAGGAUCUCUCCCUUGCCCCUGCUUCUUCCGAGCUUGUCGAGCGAGAUGGGCUCUUGCUCGGUGUUCUCGCCGACCUCAAGGCUGAUGUCACCGCCGCUGGCUCUCUCACCAGCUUGAGCGCUGAGGCCGAUAUCAACGCGUGCAUCCAGGUUGUAAUUGAUGCCUUCAACAAGUGCGGCUCGGCCCUUGGUAUCGACCUUUCUUUGGGCGUGGACGCACGAGUCGGUUUGGACAUUGGCCUUCUCAAGCGCGAGUUGGAAGAGCGAUCUGUCAACAAGCAAGCUGUUGCCCAGGCUCUCGUUGACAUUAUUGCCGUCAUCAACGUCAACAUUUUGAUUCCCGUCAAGCCCAAACUUUUGACCUGUACCUGCUCCCAAACCCACUCUCUUGUCACCGAACUCGACUUGCUCCUCACCGGUCUUCUCUGCGCGUUGGAAGCUAUUCUCGGUGGCCUCCUCGUCAUCGUCAAGGGCCUCUUGAUCACCGUGCUGGGACUGGUCUCUGUCCUUCUUGGAGGCUUGCUCCCCAGCUGCCUUGCCGUUUGCGGCUUCUAA